ACUCUCCAGCCCCGGGGACUGGUGCUGGGUCUGCUCUCAUCCACCUCACCUGCCUGUGGACGGACUGCCCGGAGAACCUCAGUGGAGUUAAUGGCUGACUGCAAAGCCAAACCAGCAAGAGGCAAUAUGGACCAACUUUCCACCAAGAUUCAGAAUGACCGGAUACAGGAGAAAGUAGCCACACGACGCAUGUCCAAUUCAAAUGGCACGAAUGGGGGAGCUACCACACUUGAUGAGCUCAGUGACCUUGAAGAGGCCUUUAGAAAAUUUGCUAUUCAUGGAGACACGAGAGCCACAGGAAGAGAGAUGAAUGGCAAAAAUUGGUCAAAACUGUGUAAAGACUGCAACAUCAUUGACGGGAAGAAUGUGACAAUCACCGAUGUUGACAUUGUGUUUUCCAAAGUCAAGGCGAAAUCUUUUAGGACUAUUACCUUUCACCAAUUCGAGGAUGCCCUUGAAGAGCUUGCACAGAAGAGGUUUAAAGGGAAGGUCAAGGAAGAGGCAAUCCAGGAGAUUCACAAGUUAGUUGAAGGGAAGUCCCCUGUUGUUUCAGGAGUAACGAAAACUGUGCUAUCUCCCACGUUGUCACGACUUACAGAUACCUCAAAGUUCACUGGUUCCCACAAAGAAAGGUUUGAUCAAAGCGGAAAAGGCCGAGGAAGAGAAGGCAGAGAGUACUUGGUUCAGAAUACUGGCUACGUAGUGGGAUACAAACAUGCUGGCACAUAUGACCAGAAAGUAAAAGGGAGUAAACAUGACUAGGUUCUUUUCCAACAUAUGUAUCACCAUCACUGGGAAUGUAUCUACUUCCAAUGCACCUUGGGAGAACAAAUCAAAAGUAGGAACUCAAGUCGUCAUUGUUUAUUUCCAAGUAUUUCUAGUUGGUUAGAAAAAUCUUCCACACUUUCUUUAGAAAGGCCAUUACCCCACACCCCCUCCCAUUACCCUGCCACCAUCAUUGGCCAACUGUCAAAAUUAUUGUCAUUUUUGAGUGGCUCUUGGUAAUCACAUGCAGUCCACCCUUCAUUGUUGGUCAUUGGCACCUCAGCAGAGGACCAGGCUUUGAAAGGACAACUCUCAAUAGCUCAAAAUCAUUAACAUUUGAACCAGUUCGUGAUGCUGCAUUACAGUCAUCUUUUUGGAUGACUUUCAACUCAUUUUGUGUUAAGAAUGGAAACUUAUGUUCAGUCCAAAGAUCCCUGCAUUACAAGAUGCCUCUCCCCACAAUUGAUGAGACAGGGAACAAUGUCCAAGUACUCUGUUUCAUAAAAUCCUCAUCCAGAGUUGGUAAUGAAACAUCAAACUAUACCUUGUAAGACUGGGUUCUCUUCAACUGCUGAGUGGACAUGAAGACAUAGGAAAAAUGCAAAACUGAACGAGGCAUAGAAGUGUCAGUCUCAACAUGUCAGGUAUAAAUGUGUGUCGUCUUUGAUAGUCCUGUUGUACAAAAUGUCCUUCCAAUUUAGGUGGUCAAUGGGGAAAGAAAGUCUCACCACAACAUUGUGAAAAUUGCAUUAUGGCAAAGAAGCAAUUGGUGAGAAGGCAUCUGUCGGCAUCACUCUAGUAAUACGUCGUUUUCUAAUACGGAUCAACCACUGUGCCCCUGAAAGAUGUGUUCGACGUAAAUGAGAUAGGACUCUGCUGCAAAUAGCAUUUUACCUGCCAAAAAAAGGUCAGUUAUAUCUUAAAGUGUCGAGAUUUGGCCCGAUCAGCUUUUUGAAGAAAAUAGGAUGGGAGCUGGUGGAUCUAAUCAGUGAAUUUGGAAGGUGACCCGCAGGCACUCAAAGAAGUGCUUUGACUGAAUGGUUUUUGUUGUCAGUGGCAAGGACUGUCAGCAUGUUGUAGUCGUGCACAAGGAACAUUUGAACAAUCUGAAGGUAUGGAUCAGUCAGUGAUGGGUUAACCAUAAGGAUGGUACAGAUGAAUCACACCCUCAAUAUCAUCACAGACUUGCCAUAAUCCUAAUAUCUUUCAGCUAGUGGAAUUAGGAUAAAUUGACAUUCGACAGUUUUAAUGAUUGUCAGUCAUAUCCUGAAAGGUUUCUGCUGAAAGAAAAUAAAAGCUGGAGAUUGAAGUUUCUAUAUUCCUGCACAAAUGAAAAUGACUAAGCUGACAUAACAUCAUGGGGGGGAGGGGGGAGUAUGAAUGUUUAUCCUGUCAAACAAUUCCAUUGUUUUGUUGUGCAACAUAAAUAGGAAUUGUAUUACACUUUUUCUCUAGACCCCAGUUCAACUUAACAAUGUAGAAUCUGUUAAGUACUGAGCUCGAUUGUGAUUCUGCUUCCAAAAGUGUAUGAUUGGCACACUUCCUUAGGCUUCAAGAGAGACAUUUAUCAACCAGUGAUUCUGUUAAAGGGAAUAGAAUGUAUAACUGCCAUUGUGAAUGUGGUCGUGGUAGACCUUAUAUUACACAUUCUUGCCUCACCCUGCUCAAAUGGGGAAUUGGAAACUGGCACAUAGUGCCUUUGUUCUCGGUAACAACACUGAUUCAUUUCAUUCCACUUUAUUGUAUUCCAGUAAAGCUACUGCCUGUUCUUAAGCUGCUUCAUCUUAUCUUGGAGUUUCUCAGUGAAUUAUUCUCUCUGUAUGCUUCAGCAGAUUAAUGGAAUGGCCCUGCUAUAACUGCAAAGACAACAAACGAAUGAAAGUUGUAGCUGAUGCCCUUCCGAAGACAUAAGUGCACAGGCAGAGUAUAGCUUAUAAAGGGGAUAUUGGGGGAGCAUUGAAUGAAGACUUAUGUAUGUGAAGACUUUAAUUAACACUUUAAUAACAAAGAAUCAUGGCUAUGAUUUCAAAGUUUUAUGUUGGGUUAGUGAAAGUCUAAACAUCAGACCAGUUGGGUUCCAUCCUGUGUGAACUGCUCAUAAAGUAUACAAAGUCAAAAAUCACAUGACACCGGGCUAUAGUGCACAGGUUUAUUUUAAACCGUGAGCUUUCAGAGCUCCCACUCUUUUUUUUUCAGUUAGCUACUUUGUCCACUCCCGUCCAACACCUGCAUCAUAAUAUGGAUAGAAGAACUAACAGCUGGAAAUAAGUUUGAUUAUGACUGAGUUUAUAGGAGUGUACUACACAUUCCAUCAAACACAACAUAAGAGCACUUUUCAGCCAAUCGCUAUUGAUUGAGAUUUCCAAAUUGCAGGUUACCCUUUCUAACCAUGGCCCAAAAGUUUUGAGUAUUUGUUAAAAUCAAGUGUGAUAUUCUAUCAGAUAUCUUCUUUAUUUCAAACUUCUCCUUUCUUUUCCAUCUGCUGUUUCUUUAGCUUGCCCUCUCCCCUCCACUUUUUGUCCUGAAUCAUCUAUGGAAGCUAGAUUCCAUCCACGGGCUUCUCCCUAACUGAUACUUAUUCCUCCAACAGUUGCCUGAGAGGAAUCAAAUAUAUUGUUGCCAAAACACAAGUUUCCCCUGGAUUGGAGAACUGGGUCCAUUUGCCUUAAACUUGCAGGAAUGUCUGGGCUACCAUUUGAACAAGUAACAGGGAGUCUGUUGUCCUGAGAUAAUACUAAAUAUCUUCAGAAUUUGUUGUAUUCAAAAAAAAUUUAGCACACCAAGGGGAAAUAAAUGAAAUGCAGCAGAAAUAUAAUGGUUGUGAUACAUUAUAAAACGCUUCAAAGAUUGUUCUGCGGUGGUAGUUAUGCUGAAAUCAAAUUUGUAAAUUGUAUGUAAAUAGCCAAUCUCAGUAUGCAUAGGUUGAUAGUGGGAUAUUAGCUGCAUCGAAAAUUCCAAGUUGAAUAAUCCUCAGCAUGGAUCAUUGUUCCAUUAAAAUUGACAUGUUUAUCAUUAAUUGGAAGAUACUCAAAAAAUAAUUAUGUAAUAUAUAGAUCUAAGCUUUGUCAAUUUUUAACAUCACAAAUCCUAACUUGUACCAAUAUAUAAAUACAGUUCACAUUGUGCACUUUACUGUAAGGUCAUUACUAUUCACAGCACAACUAAUUGCUGCUCCUUCAGUGAUGACUGAGGUACUGCUGAUAUUUGCUUUCUUUGUCGAAUUUGGGUUUGUUUUUGACUUUCCAUCCGAUAUGCACUGUAGAGACGCUCAGAUUUAAUUUGCUGUUUUAAUACAAUCCAACAAUCUGAAAAUCUCUCGUAAGUAAUGCUUGAUAACAAAUCAAGAAUUGCAAUUAAAGCCUUCAGCUUUCCAUUGUACAUACUGCCCAAGGCCAAGCACUUUAAUCAGUAUUCUGUUCCUCCUUUACUAAAAGGCAGAGGAAAGGACAUACAUGGUCUGAAGGUCAAGAGGGCUGAGAGGAAGCUAUGGGUGUUGUGAAUAGUUCUUUCUCUAUAGAAUUACACCCUUAUUUUUCUACAUUGCUUGCUUCAACUAUGUAUCAGAGGCUGCCAGAUAUUGCUACAUCGUAAAGCUAGACUGACUAAAUUUUGUAAGAACAAUAAAUGAAAUAAAAUCUAUUUGUAAAGCUA